ACCAACGUCACCAUCCCUCCGAAACUAACAACAUGGAGUCCGGUGUUUAGAGUGCAAAGGCGGUCUUCACCGUUUGCUAAACCUAUAUGCUUUCCCGGUGAUCCUGAGGGAAGGCUGCGACGCUCCGGGACGCAUACAGCGCAACGCACACAUGCUCUAUAAGCGCCCGUGCGUUCGUGCCACUUGAAUCCAAAUAGGACAUGGAGAAAGCGAUGUGAUUGGAAGCAGAGAAUUCCAAAGACAGGCCGCUUUCCAAAUGGAAUUGCUCUUCAUAAUGUAGGACAGGAGAGGUGGAUUGUAUCUGCACACCAGCCUGUGCACCAGAGGAUCAUGGAGCCUGAGGAUGAUCUCUCGACCAGGGACUCCCAAGAUGUGAUGUCCAACCAAGGGCUACUGCCUUCAACAUCAACAUCCUUACUCAACUGCACCUUCCUGGGGGGGUUAUUGCAUUGUGAUGACGUGGAGAAGGGGGAUGAAAAUGGAGAUUCAGAAGGUCCAAACUGCUUUUUCCCCACACUGGAACAUUGUGGUAGAGUACAGAAAAGUCCACGUUCUUCAGGCUUUCCCUCAUCUCUCACAUGGGACUCGGACUCGGAGAAAGAAACCUUGGAUGAGGAAGAACUUCAGCACUUUUCUAACCCUCAUGGUCUGGCUGCUCACAGCCCAGGGAGUCCCACCUCUGUACUACAACAAGACAGCUUUGACAUUGAUCCGUGCCAAGAACCUGUGGAAACCAAGCACUUAUUUCUUGAUAAAAACCCACUUGCCCCCCUGGAGGUGGAGAAUCAAGGAGAUGUUACAUACAGGGAGCCAACAACAGACUCCAGCCUACCGAAGCGUGCAGCAAAACGUAAAAAAACGAAAAUGGGAAAAGACAAAGUGAGCCAUCUACCAGAUACUACACCAAAAGAGGCAUGCCAAAAAGAAGAGAAAGAUAAACAGAAAGUCCUUAAUUGUAGAGGGCAGGAAGAGAAGAUCCCCAAAGAGGCUGAUGUAUACACCUUCCCAGCAGACUCUGAGCCAGAGAGUCCACCACCUGGACCUUGGGCGCACUGCACCUUCAUCCAGCGCAGAAGGAAAAAGAGGGUCAUACUGAGGCCUUUCUCUGGUUUAGGCACCUGGCAACGCACAACGGGAACCGGCAGAAGGACCAGGGGAAAACCCUCUGGAGCAAAGCAGCGUAGGAAAACCGCAAAGGAUGGGGGAGGGAUGUUCGAUUUUAAAGAGGAAAAAACAGAGAAGGUACGGGGUAGGCAGAACUCAGUAGUAGACCACCAACUGGACGAAGACCUCUCCCAAGAGAUUUUCACAUGUGUAGAAUGUAGCAUUUACUUCAAAAAACGUGCCCAUCUACGUGAACACAUGCUUGAGCAUGGCCAGGUCGGGAGACCUGGGAAGAAAUGGCAAUGUGGAGAGAAAGAAACUUGGAGCGGACAUCUUAAUAAAAAUGCUUUUGAAUGUAUAGAGUGUGGUCAGGAGUUUGUAGACAAGGUACUGCUGGUAGAUCAUCACCGAUGCCAUGAGGAGUCACGGCAGAAAAUCCUUGAAGAGAUUGGAAAAUUAAAUGAGGGAGAAAAGCGGGUGGCAGUGCAAGCCAGUUGCAGCAAUGCAUCGGAGCCAGUCAUCCAAGAGUUAACAAAGGUCAACUGUGGCCAGUUUGUGUGUCCUGAGUGCAACUUUAGCUGUGAUGUGCCUCAAGAGCUUUCCGAGCACGCCAAGACGCACACCACCCGAAAAAGGGCUGGGGUUUAUCGAACUUCACCCCGCUUCCAGCAGAAAUCCUGCAAGAAAGGACAGGUCCAGUCCUCUGCAGAUGUUACACCAACUUUUAUCACUUCACCUCUCAACAAGAGGUACCCCAUCCGAGCAUCCAAAAAACCUAAAGAAACACAGCCCGACAUUGCCCCUUCACAGGUGGAUUCAUUGUCUUGUCAAAGUGCUUCUGCAACCACAGGAGAAGCCACAGACCAACCUGAUAAAGCAACUCUGCAUGCAAAUACAAACCAUUCGGAGGAGUUGAGGCAAAUAGGAGAGACAUCUCUCUCUAUGGAAGAGAAUGUUCUACAACCUCAGGACCUAAUGUCUCCUCCUCCAAAUCCAAGGGCUGUUCCGCGGUGUAAGGAUGUGGCAUUCAAGAGCAUAGGAAAAAAGCGCUCAGUCCGGGCUGCAAAGAAUAAACUGGGGCGCACAAGAGCAAGUACAAGACUUGAUCGUAAGUCAACCCUGACUACCGGUGUAACAAAGCAAGUCCGAAUCUCAAACCAGACUGCAGAUAAGGGCCAGAAAGAAGACAUUCCAACACCAGAACCAGAGCAUGGUUCAAAACAAGACUCCAAAACAGGGAGUGAGACACCUGCCAGUGCUCUGGAUCUCAAAGCCUGCUCCUCUUCACCAAAGAAGAGCAGCAAAAAGCUUGAAGCACAGGAGAAGGAACCCAAACUCAAAAAAGACAAAUCUGAUAGUCAGGGGAGGAACAAAGAAGACACACUUGUUGCUGCUAAACUAGAGGAUGGUGAUGAUGAUGAUGAUGAUGAUAAUGAGGAUGAAGAAGAUGAAGAUGAUGAAGAUGUUGUAAAUCGUCUUAUUGGUGCAUUAACUGAGGAAGAUGAUGAAGAUGAUGAUAGAGAGGGGUUGUUCAAGAGCGUGGAAAGAAAAUGCCCUUAUUGCCCAGAUCGAUUCCAUAAUGGCAUCGGACUAGCCAAUCACAUUAGGGGUCACCUGAACAGAGUGGGUGUCAGUUACAACGUUAGGCACUUCAUCUCCCCAGAGGAGGUUAAUGCCAUUGAGAAGAAAUUCUCCUACCAGAAAAAAAAAAAAAAAGUCGCCAACUUUGACCCGUCAACCUUCAGCGUUAUGAGAUGCGAGUUCUGCAGUGCCGGCUUUGACACCAGGGCUGGUCUCUCCAGUCAUGCCCGAGCCCAUCUCAGAGACUUUGGCAUCACCAAUUGGGAAGUCACGGUUUCUCCCAUUAAUAUUCUCAGAGAGCUUUUUGCCAAGCAUCCAGAUCUUGUUCUAUCCACUGCUCCCACACAUACUCUCCAGUCAAGUCAAGAGGAAAACUCUGAUGAAGAGCAAGAGAGCAGGAAAGAUAUUAAAGAUGAGGAGAACAUGACUGCAGAUCUUGCCACUCUUUCUUCUCACUCUCCAAAACAGCACUGGAAAGAAAAGCACAAUAUCAAUGAACCAGCGGGUGGGGAGGAGGCAGAGGAUGAGGAAGAGGAAGAUGAAGAAGAGGAGGACCAAAUGCCCCGUACGGAUAAGUCGGCCACAAGUCCAGAAGAAAAGACCCUGUUUACUCUAGAGGAAGAGAGCCCUGAAUCUAAAGAGACCGAUUUUAUGGGCUCCAACUUGUUGAAAUGUGAGUUUUGUGGUGCUACAUUUGAGACACGUCGUGGUUUGUCUAGCCAUGCCCGCUCUCACCUACGACAGCUGGGUGUUGGCAUGUCGGAGAACAGUGGAGCACCCAUUGAUCUCCUCCAUAAGAUCACUAAGGAACGUUCAAUUGAUUCAUGCUUCACUGGCAGCUGCCCUACUAUGGAAUCAUCUAAGAAGCCCCAGCACCAUGCCCCUAUUGUUCCUAUACCUAGCCCCACAAAAGAUGUUGAAACUGAAGAAGGACUGCUGGACACAAAGCCCCCUGUCCCGUUUUCUGUAGCUGGCUCCGCUAUUAAAGUUUCCUCUUCCCCAACUACUCCAUCUGCAGCUGGCUCUCUGCCUUCCUCUCCAUUUGUAAAGUCUCGAUCCCCUUCCCCAGUGCUGAGAAAGGCUCCCAUCUCUUCCUUACUACCCGUGUCUUCCCCACUGCGAUCCCAGGAGCAUAAGGCCUUAGGAAAGAAACAGUCUACAAACCUCUCCAGUCCAACCAAACCAUUCUGGGCACCGCAAGAGACAGAUGCCCCUUUGAACCUUACGAUGGACAUGGACUCUAAAGAUAUUAUUUGCCAGUUGUGUGGUGCAUGGUUUGAAACAAGAAAAGGCCUUUCAAGUCAUGCUCGUGCACAUUUGCGCCAUUUUGGGAUUGAGUAUUCAGAAUCCAAGGGCUCCCCCAUUGACCUACUCAACCGUUUCAUCUUGACUGAUGACUUUAAGCACAAAGCAAAUUCUUUUCUCUCCGAUGGUCCUGAGGACCUGAGGUCCAAGAAGAUCAGCAUGACUUCCCUCUUACCCUCCACUUCCACUUCUUCCUCUAAGAGACAUAUUCCCUCCAGCCCUGUCCUAUAUAAAAUGGCGACUUCUUCUUUGAAGACAGCCAUUGGCUCCAAAGCUACCUCAUCUUCUACCCACACCCUAUUGGGCCCACCCCCAAAGAAGCUGAAACCCUCCUCUUUGCAGGUCCUUCGUUUCAGUGGUGGGGAAGUGAUGUCCUUUCCUAUAGAGCCAAUGAAAGACGUGGGCUGCGAAUUCUGUGGAGAACUUUUUGAGAACCGCAAAGGCCUCUCCAGCCAUGCUCGCUCCCAUCUGCGCCAACUUGGCAUCACAGAAUGGUCUGUGAAUGGCUCACCUAUUGACACAUUAAAAGAGAUUAUAGUCCGCCGAGGCCUACCGUCCAUUAUGCCUCUGAAGUCCCCCAAAUCCCCCUGUUCUUCUCCGGGCCCAGGAAUGCCUCGGCCUGCGGUCCAGUCCUCUUCCCCACCAGGGAAUGUUCUUGGGCGCCUACCUUUCCAUUUUGCCAAAACACAAAGCCACAACCAGCCUACUUAUCGCAAAAUGUCUCCUUCGACAUCUGCUGCCAGUUCCCCCCAAACAGUAGAGCUGGUAAAGCCAAAACCAGAGCCUGAAAUUGUAGAAGUUACUAUGAAAGGAUCAGACAUGGGAGUAAAUAAAGGCUACAGUCCAGAGCCAUUACAUUCCAGUUUAAUUACUUCAGAUAAUGUUUAUCCAGUCAACUUGGUCAUGACUCAGGAGAAGGAACCUUCCCGUGAUAUUCGCUGUGAAUUCUGUGGUGAAUUCUUCGAAAACCGCAAAGGCCUCUCAAGCCACGCACGAUCACACUUGAGGCAUAUGGGUAUCACAGAGUGGUCUGUAAAUGGCUCGCCCAUUGACACACUGUGGGAAGUCAUGAGGAGACAGGGCACAACCCCUGCAUCUGUUGCCUUGGGCAUAAAGGAGGAACCGGGACAGAAUGGUGGAAUUUCAUUGAACAGUCAGGGCUAUCAGACCUCUGCCCUGUCCCGCAAAUCACCUCUUAAUCUGUUACACUCUGGUUCGCGCCUCCAUAAGCAUGGGCUGGGAAGCAUGACCUUGUCCCCCACCUCACCUGUGGGGAAGAUUUUUGGAGUGUCUCCACUGAAGAAGAAGGUGCUGGUGGAGGAGGGACAGCCAGGAGAGAAGACACUGCUCAUCCAAUCUAAAAACUUCUCGCCUCCCCCACAGGACUAUUCCUUUAAGGGUAAAGCCUCAGCGGAGAAGCAUGGGAUAGGCCACAUGGAUGCUAGUUGUGAACUCUGUGGAUUCUACUUUGAGAACCGGAAGGCAUUGGCCAGUCAUGCUCGGGCACAUUUACGACAGUUUGGCGUGACAGAGUGGUGUGUAAAUGGUUCGCCUAUCGAGACGCUGAGUGCCUGGAUACGCAGCCGUCCACAGAAGGCAGCAGAGAUGCAGCAAAGUUAUGUGCAAGGAAACCGCUAUACCCAAAAGAAAAGGUGCAGUUCCACUCUCUCACCAUCCUGUAACUCUGUCCCUACAACUCCUGUUUCCCAAAAGCCUGCAGUGUCCAAAUGGGCAUCUCUCACUUUGCCUCAAAAGAGGGCAAUUGAACGUGAUGCCAACAGUUGUUCAUGGGGGUUGUCAUCGCGGGGAACAGACCCAAAAAGCAGGAGUGGAAGUUCCACUCAGCAUGGCCUUAUUCCACAGCCUGGCGGCCAUCAUUCCAAUAACGCUCUUCCACAUGCACAGGUGGCCCAUAGUGAACUCAACGUGCGUUUGCCACGAGGAUUUGAGAGACGGCCACUUAAACACCCGUCACAUGUUGAAGGAGGGGAGGGAGAGAGUGGCCCCCCAAAGCCUCGCUCCAGUACCAUUCCUGCCCUUGUGCCAAAGCCCCCCUCCACCCCACUGGUUAGACUUGUGGGUAAAAUUUACUCACUCAAGUGCCGGUUCUGUGACAUGGAGUUUCACGGCCCUCUCUCGGUACAGGAGGACUGGAUCAGGCACCUGCAGCAGCACAUCCUCAACCUUAACUACAACAAGACUGCAUCACCCCCAAACGACACUCCUGUCCAAAGUGACACUCCUGCUCCAAACCCCAUUGUCUCAGCUGCUACCUCCUCUUCCACUACAACCACAGCUCCUGCCGCGACCCCGUCCACGCCCUCCCCAAUGCCCACUUCAGCCUCCACACCUACACCCACUCUCAACCAAGUCUCCGUGGGGCGUCCGGCAACACUAGAGCCAAUUCCUUCGCCUGCAAAUUAGACCAUGUUUCCCUCCUACAUAUGUAUGGGAUGCCAUCAUCUUCACCAGUUACAUCCCUAAUCUGUUCUUUUUGGUUUCUGUAUUGCUCAUCUUUGAAUAUUUCUAUCUCUGAUCAAAGGGAGAGAUUUUUUCGGAAAUUCUCAGCUAGCGACCUUCUUACCCUGACCUACAUCACAAGCAUCUGUUAUGAUUCAGGCGUGAGGUAGGUGUGUUGCCAUGACAGUUCUCAUCUCCCUUUUGCCUCGAAAGGAUUGAUCAUUAUUUAUG